UUAGAUGAGUUACUGCAUGAGACUACUAAUAUUAACGUUAAAUCAUUACAAAUCAUCGAACUGUAGAUUAAAUUACCUUCACUCAAGAGGUCAGCUUCAGCUUCGCUGCGUUGGGGGCAGUUCCUCUUCAAAGAAAUCGUCUUUUUUCGUGGCAUACUGAAGAAAAAUUCGCUAAAGAGUUAGGGCUAACAAUUUGCAAAUAGACGCAUCAUGAGCGAGAACCAUCUGCUCUGAUAGGGAAAUUGGCGGUUCAUUCAGUAGUCCAAUCAAAACUUACGUAACGUGACGUGACAACUGUGACGUUUCGUUGUAAACAGCCAGUUAUCGACAAGGCGCCAAAUUUACUAAUAGGAAAGCAAGGCAAGCGGCUUUCAGUUAUACAUUAGCUGUAUCUGUUAUAGCGCUAUGCAUACAGGGAAAUUAAACAAGAUUAUACGGCUUUGCAGCGGUGGAAAACAUAGGAAAUUAGUGAUCAAAUGGCUACAGAGGAAAGGCUUGCUUUGUAAAGCACCUCAUUGUCGCCAGUGUGGAAAAAAGAUGAGUAUUAAAGCCCACAGUGGACGUGAUGGUUACAUAUGGACAUGCCGAAGAAACAAGCAUCGCAGAAUUACACUCUCCAUUCGCAAAGGAUCACUGUUUCAUAACUCCAGAAUUCCUUUGGUAAAGUGGAUGGAAUACAUAUAUAGAUUUUCACAGGGUCUACAUUUAAGACAAAUUGACUUGAUGGAUGAUGGUGUUGCCAAAACUUCAACAACAUUGUCCAGAAUGAACAAAUUGCUCAGAAAGGUUUGCAUCAAGGCAUUGAGUAAUUUGAAAAGAAGAACAGGCCUUAGAGUUGGUGGAAAGUCAAGACAGAAGUUUGUGGCCAUAGAUGAGUCCAAGUUUGCUCACAAGAGAAAGUUUAAUCGUGGCCGCUUUUGUACUACUUGGCAGAGAAGAAAAGGAUGGGUUUUUGGGAUGAUGGAGGUUAAAGGAGAUCGCCGCCUACCAGUCUUAAAGAUGGUAAAGGACCGUUCCAGGACCACACUGGUGCCCAUCAUCACAAGGCACAUCAGAAGGGGGUCAACUGUUUACAGUGACAAUUGGAGGGCAUAUCUGAAUGCAUUACAACCUUUACGAUACAGACACCUAACUGUUAAUCACAGUGAAAAUUUUGUUGAUCCCCAAACUGGCUGUCACACACAACAUAUUGAAAGGGCUUGGCUUGCCAUCAAGGCACAGGUAUCAAGAUUAAGGGGUAACAAGACUACAAAACUAUUGAGAGAACAUUUGAAAUUCAUUCAGUGGCACUACUGGCUGGGAAGGCGAAAUAGUAAAGGUGCCUUAGCACAGCUGAUCCAUGACAUUAGAAAAGCAUACCGGGUUCAUUGACAAUAUAUAUGCCAUUUUUUUCUCUUUUAUUUGCUGUUUAUAUUGUGACAUUUCUUCAGAUUCUAAAAUUUCCUGAUAAUACAAUUAACUUGUUUUAAUACAUUCAUAGCUUACUCAAAAUACUUGUGUAAAAUACUAUGUUGCAGAGUAAAAAUCAAAUACGAAUGUGACAGUUUUGAUUUAAUAGAUCAUGGGAUAUUAUUUACAGCACUGAUUGUUUUCUUUAUUGCUCUUUUAAAUUUUUCUUUUGUGAUAUCUGGCACUCUGUUGAACAAUCUGACUUUACAGUCACAGUGUAAAUUACAAUAUUCUGUUACUUUGCUAAAACAUUGAAACUGCAAUGCAAUAAAGUUACACUACAUAUUAAAUAUACUAUUCCUUUGGAUUCACCAUGCAUUUUCCCUUGCUACAGUUAUAUGAGGACAUGAAAGGACAGUUCAUGAGAAGUUACCAUGUCAGAACAUUGUUAAUGUGUUCGAUUUGGAUUUAUAUUACACAGUAGUU